AUGAGGGGUUUGAGCCUAGGGAAACAAAGGCCGUACUCUUGUGCUGCCGGUGGUGGUGGUGCAGUAAAAAAUGGUACACACUGGAAGUCAUCAGGUGCCACAGACGUGGGUGAGUCAUCGGGUGCCACAGACGUGGGUGAGUCAUUAGGUGCUACAGACGUGGGUGAGUCAUCAGGUGCCACAGACGUGGGUGAGUCAUCAGGUGACACAGACGUGGGUGAGUCAUCAGGUGACACAGACGUGGGCGAGUCAUCAGGUGACACAGACGUGGAUGAGUCAUCAGGUGCCACAGACGUGGGUGAGUCAUCAGGUGACACAGACGUGGAUGAGUCAUCAGGUGCCACAGACGUGGGUGAGUCAUCAGGUGACACAGACGUGGAUGAGUCAUCAGGUGCCACAGACGUGGGUGAGUCAUCAGGUGACACAGACGUGGGUGAGUCAUCAGGUGACACAGACACGGGUGAGUCAUCAGGUGACACAGACGUGGGUGAGUCAUCAGGUGACACAGACGUGGAUGAGUCAUCAGGUGCCACAGACGUGGAUGAGUCAUCAGGUGCCACAGACGUGGGUGAGUCAUCAGGUGACACAGACGUGGGUGAGUCAUCGGGUGACACAGAAGUGGAUGAGUCAUCAGGUGCCACAGACGUGGGUGAGUCAUCAGGUGACACAGACGUGGGUGAGUCAUCAGUUGACACAGACGUGGGUGAGUCAUCGGGUGACACAGACGUGGGUGAGUCAUCAGGUGACACAGGCGUGGGUGAGUCAUCAGGUGACACAGACGUGGGCGAUUCUUCUUGUGUCUGGCUUGUGGGAAUGACCGUCACUGGUCGGGCUUCCAAUAAGGGAAGAAUGGAAGAAUAG